GUGCCGGCCUGGUCCCCACGCCUGGUCCCCGCGCUGGGACCCUGCCUGGACCCCUGCCUGCCCUCAGCCAUGGCUUUUCAUCCGCUCUCCUGGCUGCUCCGCUUGGCUGUGCUCUGCCAUCUAGUCCUGCUGCUGACGGGACAGCAGCACGGUGUGAAAAACUGCAGCUACACGUGCAACGGAGUGACCCCGAAGAUCCCCCUGAGACUCCUAGCCGGCUAUCGACGAAGGGAAGCAUCUUGCGGCAAACCCGAAAUCAUCUUGACGACCAUCAAGAACAGAACGUUCUGUGCGGACUCCGAGGAGAAAUGGGUGCAGGAAGUCGUGGGGUAUCUGAACCGCAAGGCCGAACCCACCCCUGGGAGGCGGAUCGGAUCCAUGACUGCCCCGGCCACCAAGGGGAUGGACCGGCCUCCCGCCUCAGAGCCCACGGCCGCAGAGGAAAGCAGCGGCCAGGAGGCACGCAGGGCCCCGGGGACUUCCCCAGAGCCACCCAGGUCCCCCACCACCUCACUGGCUCCGGAUAGAGCGCCUUCAGAUGGGCCCGAGAGAACCGAGCUUUUCAACGUCUCUGCCGCCGCCGCCGCCGCCACCACCACCACCACUACCACCACCACCACUGCCACGUCCUGGCAGAGCCCUCGCCAGCCUACAGCGGACCUCCGGGCUGAGGAGAAGGCCUCUGAAGCUGCCUCCACCCAGGCCCUCCCCACUGCCCCCGCCACUUCACACACAGCCCCAGACCCUGGGCAGGACCUCACGCCGGAGAGCCCUCUAGGGUCCAGUUCAGCUCACACGGAUGCUGUCACCGGGCCCGUGGCCCCCAGCAGGGAGCCAGGGAGCUCAGGCAGCGGGGCCCCCACACACAAGGACCCCCAGAGGCAGGACAUCCCCACCACUCCCGACACCGACCGGGAGGCCACCCGGAGGCAGGCGGUGGGGCUGCUGGCCUUCCUCGGCCUCCUCUUCUGCCUGGGGGUGGCCCUGUUCACCUACCAGAGGCUCCAGGGCUGCACCCACAGCGCGGUGGGGGACAUGGUGGCGGGGCUCCGCUACGUGCCCCGGAGCUGCGGCAGCAACUCCUACGUCCUGGUGCCGGUGUGAGCCGCCCGCCUGCCUGUCCGGACGUUCGGCUCAAACAGCUGCCUGGGGUCCCCAUCCUCCCUCCUCCCCCCAAGGGCCUGGCCGAGCUGGGAUGCCGGAAGCAGGAGGCAGGACCCCGCAGGUGGGCCUGUCCCCGUUCCUGGCAGACGCAGGUGGCCCCUGAGCAUCCACCACCUGCUGGAGGCAGAGGGGUGGCCUCCAAACUCACCCCAGGCCCCCCGCGUCGGAAAACUCUUCUGCUGCUUUGACACCUCCAGCCCCGACGAACGAGUACUGAGUCAGCCCUCCGCCCUGUCCCCGUGUGGGGACCACGUCCCCCUCUCGGCCAGGCCCUUCUGCACACUCCCUCCGACCCCUUCGUGUCCUGUGGUCCCGCGGCCUCGGCCGUCACCCCGCCGCCUGCGGUGCUAGCCGCCCACCCGUACGGAGCCCACGCCCUCGCCGGACCUGUCCUUUCCCGCGUGAGGCGGGCGGGGUGGCUGCUGGCGCUGCUCUCAGCGAAGACUCGGCCGAGGCCGGCUCCGUGGGAACCCGAGGCGAAGUCGCCGGGCCUUGGCCUGUCUCCCUCCUGGGUCCGUGCUGCCCAGGGAGGGAACGCUGACUCUGAGCGUGCAGCCCGGGGUUCCGGGCCCACCACCACCCUGACAGGCGUCCUCCCCUCGGGCUUCCCAUCUGUGAGCGGAGAGAGGGACCGCAAAUACGUGGCAAUAACCUGUACCCGGCGGGCCUCACGCAGUGGUCCGGAGGGCCCUGUCCCCAGGUCCUGGGUGCGGCACCUUCGCCAGGCCCCACCCAUCAGUGAGGCAGGCACCGCCCUGGGACCCAGAGGGCCCGGCGGCCCGGCCCUGCCCUGUUGGAGGGGGUCGGCACUGUGGGCCCCAGAGUGGGGGCUGGGCUGCGGUACAUGGGGGGCAGAGACCGAUUUUAAAGGCCCCUUCCUGACUUGGAGAACAGCCCCUCUCUGUGUCCACCAGGCGUCCAGGGACACUGAGAUGGCCUGGCGACAUGUGACAGGCUGAAGGAGGAGGGGAGCCUGCAGGCUCCGGGGGAGG